UACGGGCCGAGGAACAGGCAGAGGCAGAGGCCAAAAGAGAAAGAGAAGAGAAAAGCAAAAAUGCACGGUGGCAGCGAAUUCGAUGGAAGCGCAGCAGCCUUCAUGGGCGGUGGAUUCAUGCCUACUCAAUCCGUUCAGCCUUCUUCUUCUGAUUCCUCCUCCUUCUCUAUCUCCAAAAAUCGGGAGGCGCGGUGCUUGUUUCCGCUGACUGUGAAGCAGAUAAACAACCUCACAAGCAAUGAUGAAUCUAAUCUCAUCAUUGAUGGUGCUGAAGUUAACAAUGUUACUAUUGUGGGGAGGGUAUCCCACAAGGAAGACAAGGCCAGCGAGUACUCCUUUUUAGUUGAUGAUGGGACUGGACAGAUUGAAUGCACCCAAUGGGUUCAAGAAAGCUUAGAUACGGAACAAAUGGGGGAAAUCCUAGUUGGCAUGUAUGUUCGUGUUCAUGGACACAUAAGAGGGCUGCAAGGCAGAAGGUUCUUAAAUGUCUUCUCCAUUAGGCCUGUUACAGACUUUAAUGAGGUUCCAAACCACUUCAUUGAGUGCAUAUAUGUGCACUUCUACAAUACCAGGUUACGGGGUGUCACUGCGCAGCCCCCAGUGGCAAAUUCAACAAAUACCUCUUUAAAGGGAUACCAAGCUGCCCCGCCAUAUCAAUCUUCUGCCUAUUCCAGUGCCGAUGGACUGAACAAUGCUAGUCAGAUGAUAUUAAAUUUUUUGCAGCAACCUUCGUAUCUCACCACCGAGGGAGCUCACUAUGAUGCCAUUGCCGGUCAGCUAAAGAUUCCAAUGGAUAAGCUCAAGGAAGUACUACAGAUGCUUGUUGACAAUGGCCUCGUUUACACAACUAUCAAUGAUGAUUACUACAAGUCCACUGUUAAUGCUUGAUAUCUAAUAUGCUGCGUUUAUUGUCAUGCUGCUGUGUAGCAUCUGUGAUUUGUUUAUUGUCACUGAUCUUUUUGAGAUCCAUUGUCAAUAAACCAAUGCAUCGUUGAGAAAAGUAGCACAUUUUAUUUAAGGUUGUUCAUGGAAUAUGCCACCUUUUUUUAUACAUG